AUGGCCAUGAAGAGCUUUGCCGUUGACGAUUGGGACCAGCUCCGCGAGAUACUCCGCCAUGUACCACUCUACCACCCCUUCUGGAGAGUCCACGAGUCCCUUGGCGAAGAGAUAUGGGAAGGCGAAUGGGAUACGUCCAUUAUCCCUCAAGUUCCUCUGGCAGAGUUCGACGUUGACCUACUACCUCUUCAACAAUGGAUAGAGGGCGACGGUAGUGCACAACUCGGCUGCCCCGAGUGCUCCAUGCUCUUUACCAACACAGGCCAACUUGUUCAGCAUCGCCGGGACUGCCACAAUCUCCUAUAUCCCCGUCAUCCGACAGAACAGGCUCAUGCCGACCAAGACGCCAUCAAUCAAGGUUGCUGGGACUCAAGACAUCCGAACGGCAAAAGGCCCCACGAGACUUCUCAAAAAUCAUGA